GUUCCUUUGCAUUUUAAACUUGCUGAAGUGCGCUCGAGUCAACGAGGUAGAGGGGCUCUACCUCGUUGGCUCGAGUGGACCAGGGUUAUUCGAGUUGCUUCAAUGGGUUGUAGCACGUGAUAGUACCAGCAGGACGAACCAACGUUGGGACGAACUUUAGUUUUAUGGACAAACCCGGUGGAUAAGUUUUCGUGCUUUUCGAACGCCAAGGUGCGGAAGGUUUAUUUUGAUCUCAUAUCGAGCGUACUUAGGAACACAGCCAUAAGGCGUCACAUAGUAUCACGUGACUUUUGUUUCCGGCCGCAGCUCCCGCGCACGUGCACGCAUCCAUGUACGCACAUGUGUUUUAAAAAUAUUUUUCCCGGCUAGCUUUUAACGCCGCCGCAACAGGAAACCCAGUAAAACGCUGGGCAAUACCUUUGCUCAGACAGAUAUGCGAAAGCAACCGACCGGUAACCAGGAUGGGAGACGUGACAAAGCCAUCGUUCGUCGUUUCUCUUCUGGCCGGAGCCGCUGCCGGCACCACGGUGGAUCUGGUGCUUUUCCCACUGGACACGUUCAAAACGCGGCUACAGAGUCAGCAGGGCUUCUGGAAAGCGGGUGGCUUUGCGAAAAUUUACUCCGGACUCGCAUCAGCUGCCCUGGGAUCGGCGCCUACCGCUGCCGUGUUCUUCUGCACAUACGAAGGCGUGAAGAAGUUGCUCUCCCCAAGCUCAGCGGACCUCAUGCAACCGGUUGUUCACAGCGUUGCCGCCGGCUUUGGAGAAGUGGCUGCCUGUAUCAUAAGAGUUCCGGUGGAAAUAGUCAAACAGCGAACGCAAGCAAACCAGAGUGUCAGCAGCUGGCAGACUUUUAGAAAAGUCUUCAAAUCCGAGGGAAUACCAGGAUUCUAUCGUGGCUACCUCACCACCGUGGCUCGAGAGAUCCCCUUCGCAUUCAUCCAGUUUCCCUUGUGGGAGAUUUUCAAGGCAGCCUGGCCAGUUGGAGCAAGUGGCCAUCAACCCUCCUGGCAAGCAGCUGUCAGUGGGGCAGUUGCAGGCGGCAUAGCAGCUGGCCUGACGACUCCUUUUGAUGCUGCCAAGACGAGGAUCAUGUUGGCUGAGAAAUCGAGUCACCUUGCAAGUGGAAACAUGUGGGAAGCACUUGCCACAAUAUGGAAACAAAGAGGAUUACAAGGAUUGUUCAGCGGCGUCCUACCCCGAGUGGUCUCCCUCUCUGUGGGCGGAUUCAUAUUCCUUGGAGCGUACGAACAAGCGAAGCACCUCAUAUACUACGCAUACGACGGCAGCAGCCACAACUUGACACAUACAGAACUACCGACUACAACCAGUGGUAGCUAACGUAUUGGGGAUGUAGCCUCUUUUUUUU